AACACUAUUGAAUGGGUCAAUUUGGAACUUGGCGCAGUAAUGUUGACUGAGGAAAAGUUGAAUACGAGCAAAGCGUACUUUUAUAUUGCUAAUAAGUAUGACAUUGUUGGAUUUGCUCUGGCCGUUCAGAUUGAGAAAGCUUAUAAAGUAAUUGUAGAUCCUUCAAGUGACAAAGCUCAAAAUGAAUCUAGUAAAGAUUCGAAAAUGCAUACUGAUACUGAUGUUGGGUCAGGAAUUUUUUGUUGUACGAAUUAUAUUCGUGCUUUUUGUGGAAUUAGUCGCUUAUGGGUUAAAAAAGAUUAUCGGAGGAAAAAAAUUGCGUCAAGGCUACUGGAUCAAGUCAGGAAAAAUUUUAUUUAUGGUUGUGAGCUCAAGCCUAGUGAAGUAGCGUUCUCGCAACCAUCUGGAGAUGGUAAAGCUUUUGCAACUCACUACACAGGAACUCGUGAGUUUUUAGUAUACGCUGAUGAUUAA